AGUGUUUUAUCAAUCGAUAAAGCGAGUUACCGAAGCCACAUAUACAACAUGCAGCUAACACUUAUUGCUCUGCUCUGCUGUCUGCUUGGCGCCGCCUGGGCCAUGCCUCAGCCGGAACGCCAGAAGGAGCCGGCGAACCCCGGGGCAGAUGUCUGGAACGAGAGGAAACAGUUUAAUCCGCCCAAUGAGCAGCGAUUCCUGCUAGAUGGCAUCUACAACAAGGAUAACAGCGGCAAGGAUGUGGCGGCCCGGGUUCAGGUGCCCGUCUGGACCAGCGACAACAAACGCCACGAAUUCGAUGCCGUCGGCCAAUAUGGCCAACAUCUGGGCGGACCCUAUGGCGAUAGUCCACCAUCAUAUGGCAUUGGAGGAAAUUAUAGAUUCCGAUUUUAAUGAAAUGCCAUUUUUUUUUUCAUUUUGUAAAUAC